GUGCCAUUGUAGUCUCUUGCGAAAAGAACUAAACGAUUUAUCUUGUGCCUCAUCAACGUAUCUCUAGUGCAAUUAAUCAAUAUUAUUUCAGGGGAAGGUCCAAUUCCGAUAUUCGACUAAAGAUCUUGAUUGUCGAACUAACCUAGGCCAACUCAGAUCGCCAUGUCUACCAACAACGCCGCCUACUUGACCGAAAAAGGCAAGGCUCUCGAGAUCAAACCAGCCCCCUAUCCUACCCCCAAAGAGAAUGAAGUAAUUGUGCAAACUCGGGCCAUCGCCAUUAACCCUGUCGACUAUGCAUUGCAAAUGAUGGGCGAUACGUUAUUUCCAUGGCUGCAGUACCCUCACAUCCUCGGUUUGGAUGUCUCUGGGGAGGUAGUCAAGAUUGGCUCUAAUGUCGCCAACUUCAAAGCGGGUGAUCGUGUCGUUGGCCUCGCCUCGGGGGCAUUCCAGUCGUACUCCGCCGUCCCAGCUCAGAUGGCUUCCACAAUCCCAGACUCCGUUACCAACGAGCAAGCUGCCGUCAUCCCCCUCGGCCUUAGCACUGCAUCAAUGGGCCUCUUCGGGAAAGAAUACCUUGCUCUGCAUUACCCAAGUAUCAACCCAAAGCCCACGAGUAAGCCGCUCCUUAUCUGGGGCGGCUCAACCAGUGUUGGCAGCAAUGCCAUCCAAGUCGCCGUUUCCGCCGGGUACGAGGUGAUAACCACCGCCUCGCCCAAGAACUUCGAGUACGUCAAGAAACUAGGCGCAAGCCAGGUAUUUGACUACAACAGCCCCACGGUCCGAGACGACAUCCUCGCCGCCCUCAAGGGUAAAACGUGCGCCGGCGCGAUGGCAAUCACCAGUGCGGACCUUACAGCAGCUGCUGCCGCAGCGGAUGCGUGUUACGAGAUCAUCUCGAAAGCUGAAGGAACCAAGUUCGUAGCUACAGCGCAGCCUCCGCCCGAAGUUCCACAUCCAAUGGUGGCAGCUAAGUUUAUCCGCCCAUUUGGAGACUCGGAGGAGGACCAGGAGCUUAAAGACGCCGUAUUCGGCGAGUAUCUACCGCAGGCGCUUACAGCGGGGAAGUUUCGGCCUGCGCCGGAGCCGGAGGUUGUUGGGAAGGGGCUUGAGGCGUUGCAGGAGGCGAUGAAUGUCCUCAAGCAAGGGGUUUCUGCGAAGAAGAUCGUGGUUUUGCUUUGAGUUCGGUUUGAUUUCAGGCUUAUGCGACACCUAAAUGUGUACGUGACUUAUGAUCGUCUAUGAUAGUGCUAAACUCCUUUUAUUGCAAUGGGUGCCGAAUUCCCCUUAUCCAUGAAA